AAGUAACCAGUACGGGAGUUGCUCUCGCAGGUGAAGUUACGUUUGUGUCUUCCUGCGUUGGGUUUCUGUUCUAUCGUGCAAUCUGUUUUCAUGGAAUUUAUGGCAUACGAACAUUGUAGUUGAACUGAUCGUCUCUUCACUUACGUUAAAGAAGGGUUGUGACCCUUUUUUUUAAUUUAUUCAUUUAUUGUGCAUUGAAUAAAAUCUUACCAAGAUGGCCGCAGAUAUAGAUAUGAACGAUCCCGAGUUGAAGUAUUUGAUGGUGACUAAAGAUGGUCUUGAAGAUCCUGCCUCUCAAGCCGAGUGGACGCAGAGGCGACUUGUUUGGAUCCCUCACAAUGAACAUGGAUUCGUGGCAGCCAGCAUCAAGGGUGAAGUGGGAGAUGAGGUCGAGGUCGAAAUCGCCGACACUGGAAAGAAGGUCCGAGUUGUCAAAGACGACAUUCAAAAAAUGAACCCGCCGAAAUUCAACAAGGUCGAGGAUAUGGCCGAACUAACCUGCUUGAACGAAGCAUCUGUGCUGCACAACCUCAAAGAGCGUUAUUUCUCAGGACUGAUUUAUACAUAUUCCGGCCUUUUCUGCGUGGUGGUGAACCCGUACCGCAAACUGCCGAUCUACACUGAGAAAGUCAUCGACAUGUACAAGGGGAAGAAGCGCCACGAAAUGCCCCCUCAUGUCUACGCCAUCACCGACACCGCUUACCGCUCUAUGCUACAAGACCGUGAGGACCAGAGCAUCUUGUGCACCGGUGAAUCUGGUGCCGGUAAGACCGAGAACACCAAGAAAGUCAUCCAGUAUCUCGCGUACGUCGCUGCAUCCAAAGCAAAGGGCGGAUCCACGCGAAAUCGAGCGAAUUCGUUGGAGAGCGAAUGUUGUUUGUCACCUCGAUUGUUGUCUCCGCUGCCGCUCUCUGCGCGAUGGUCUACGCACUUCAACCUGGAAAAUUUACAUCCCGUGGCACUGCAUCACGCCUUCUUCGCCACCGGAGAGUUGGAGGCGCAGCUGCUGCAAGCCAACCCAAUCUUGGAGGCCUUCGGUAACGCCAAGACAGUCAAGAAUGACAACUCCUCCAGAUUUGGCAAGUUCAUCCGCAUCAACUUCGAUAACUCUGGAUUCAUCGCUGGAGCCAACAUCGAGACCUACUUGCUGGAGAAAAGUCGCGCCAUCCGACAAACCAGCGAUGAACGCACCUUCCAUAUCUUCUACCAGCUCCUCUCCGGCGCUACACCCGCCAUGAAGAAGGAGUUCCUGCUGGAGGACGCCAAGAAGUACACCUUCCUGACGGCGGGCAAGGUCGUCGUGCCGUCCAUGGACGACGUCCAGGAGUUCCAGUCCACCGUGAACGCCAUGCAGAUCAUGGGCAUGGGCGAGGAGGACAUUAGCUCUGUGUUCCGCACUGUGUCCGCUUGUUUGCUGUUCGGCAACAUGCAGUUCAAGCAGGAGCGCAACUCUGAUCAGGCCACGCUGCCUGACAACACCGUCGCUCAGCAGUUGGCUCAUUUGCUGGGCGUGAAUGUGACAGACUUCGUGAGAGGCUUCAUCAAACCUCGCAUCAAAGUCGGUCGUGAGACCGUCACCAAGGCCCAGAACAAGGAGCAGUGCGAGUUUGCCGUGGAGGCCAUCGGCAAGGCUCUGUACGAACGCCUCUUCAAGUGGAUUGUGAUGAGGAUCAACAGGUCCCUAGACAGAACCAAGCGCCAGGGAGCUUCCUUCAUCGGCAUCCUCGACAUCGCUGGUUUCGAAAUCUUCGCCAUGAACAGUUUCGAGCAGCUGUGCAUCAACUACACCAACGAGAAACUGCAACAGCUUUUCAACCACACCAUGUUCAUCUUGGAGCAGGAAGAAUAUCAGCGCGAAGGCAUCGAAUGGAAGUUCAUUGAUUUCGGCCUCGAUCUCCAGCCUACCAUCGAUCUUAUCGAAAAGCCCAUGGGAAUCUUGGCGCUUCUGGACGAGGAGUGUUUCUUCCCAAAAGCUACGGACAAAACUUUCAUCGAGAAACUGAACACGUCACAUUCUGUGCACCCCAAGUAUUGCAAAUCCGAGUUCCGUGACAAAGCAGACUUCGCCAUUGUGCACUACGCUGGCCGUGUCGACUACUCCGGCCACCAGUGGCUUAUGAAGAACAUGGACCCUCUCAACGAUCACGUUGUGUUGCUCAUGCAGACGUCCAGUGACCCGUACAUCGUCCAGAUCUGGAAGGAUGCCGAGAUCGUGGGCAUGGCUCAACAAGCUAUGGGCGACAGCCAGUUUGGAACCCGCACUCGCAAGGGAAUGUUCCGCACAGUUAGCCAGCUGUACAAGGAACAGCUUACCAAACUCAUGGGCACGCUGCGCAACACCAACCCCAACUUCGUCCGUUGCAUCAUCCCCAACCACGAGAAGCGUGCCGGCAAGAUAGAUGCUGCACUCGUCCUGGAUCAACUUCGGUGCAAUGGUGUGCUGGAAGGUAUCCGUAUCUGUCGUCAAGGUUUCCCGAACCGCAUCCCCUUCCAAGAAUUCCGACAACGGUAUGAACUUCUGACGCCCAACGUCAUCCCGAAGGGCUUCAUGGACGGCAAAAAAGCAUGCGAGAUGAUGAUUCAGGCAAUUGAGCUGGAGCCAAAUCUCUACCGCAUAGGUCAAAGCAAGAUAUUCUUGCGAGCAGGUGUCCUGGCAUCCUUGGAAGAGGAGAGAGACAUCAAAAUGACGGACCUAAUUGUUCAGUUCCAAGCAUUCUGCCGCGGUAUGUUGGCACGGCGCAAUUAUCAGAAGCGCUUGCAGCAGCUCAACGCGAUCCGCAUCAUCCAGCGAAACUGUGCUGCUUACCUGAAGCUGCGAAACUGGCAGUGGUGGCGCUUGUACACCAAAGUGAAACCUCUGCUGCAGGUCACCAAGCAGGAAGAAAAGCUCACGCAGAAGGAAGAUGAACUGAAGCAGAUCAUGAAUGACCUGGAAAGUCAAAAGAAGGUCGUGGAAGAAGUGCAGAGGAAAUUCAACCAGGCAUUGCAAGACAAGAACGUUUUGGCUGAACAACUGCAGGCUGAAACUGAGCUGUGCGCUGAAGCUGAAGAAAUGCGCGCUCGGCUACUUGCACGUAAACAGGAACUGGAGGAGAUUCUACAUGACAUGGAAACGCGCCUCGAAGAAGAAGAGGAGAGAAGUUCAACUCUGAACGCAGACAAGAAAAAACUCCAGACCCAGAUUCAAGAUUUGGAGGAACAGCUAGAAGAAGAAGAAGCUGCUCGCCAGAAGUUGCAGCUGGAGAAAGUUCAGUGUGAUGCUAAAAUCAAAAAGAUAGAAGAAGAAUUUGCAGUCAUUGAUGACGCUAAUCAAAAACUUCUGAAAGAGAAGAAAAUGUUAGAGGAACGUAUUGCUGAUGUGUCUGGCACCAUGGUGGAAGAAGAAGAGAAAGCCAAACACUUGAUGAAACUUAAAGCUAAACACGAAUCUACGAUUGGAGAAUUGGAAGAACGCAUCAAGAAAGAACUCGACAGCAAGACUGAAUUGGAGCGCACCAAGAGAAAGCUCGAAACUGACCUCAAUGAUCUUAAAGAACAGAUAAACGAAAAGAAAAAUCAUACACAUGAGGUUCAAAUACAGCUGGCCAAACGUGAGGAGGAACUUGCGCAGGCCAUGAUGAGAGUCGAUGAAGAAGUCGCAUCGAAGUCCCAGCUGCAGAAGCAUCUUCGCGAAGUCGAGUCACAACUCAAUGAACUUCAAGAAGAUUUGGAAUCGGAGCGCGGCCUCAGAAGUAAAGCUGAAAAACAAAAGCGCGAUUUGAACGAGGAACUCGAGGCUCUAAAGAAUGAACUUUUGGAUUCCCUUGAUACGACUGCAGCACAGCAGGAGCUCAGGACUAAGCGUGAAGAAGAAUUGGCUGGGCUGAAACGAUCCCUUGAAGAAGAAGUAGCUUCUCAUGAACAAGUGAUUGCCGAAUUGCGUCAUAAACACGCCAACAUGACUGCCAACCUCAAUCAGGAGAUCGAUCAGCUCAAGAAAACUAAAGCUAGUCUCGAUAAGAGUAAAGCACAGCUUGAAGCAGAGAACGCGGACCUUGCUAAUGACUUGAAGGCUCUUCAGAGUGCGCGGCUCGAAAGUGACAAAAAACGUAAAGCGCUGGAAAACCAAAUCGCUGAGCUUCAAGGCAAAUCUGGCGAUAGCGAACGCCAACGCCUGGAACUCCAGGAACGACUUGCCAAGAUUGAACAAGAGUUCAGCGCAGCUUCUUUGCAGAUGGAGGAGGCUGAGUCUAGAGCCCUGGCUGCCGCUAAUCAACUCAAGAAUUUAGAAGCUCAGUUUGCCGAAUCACAAGGCCUGCUUGAAGAGGAAACCCGCAAUAAGCUCGCUCUCAACACCAAACUGAGGAACAUUGAGCAAGAGAAAGCACACCUUCAAGAGGUUCUUGAAGAGGAAGAAGGCAGCAAAAGAAACCUAGAGAAGCAAGUCGCCACCCUCCAGGUUCAAUUGAAUGAGGCUAAGAAGCGUGCCGAGGAAGAGUCCAACAACUCGCUGCAGCUCGAGGAGACCAAAAAACGACAGAGUAAGGAGCUUGAGGAACUCCGAGCCCGUCUUGCUGAACUCCAAGCACUCAAUGAGAAACUAGACAAGAGCAGAAGGAAGCUUCAGGCUGAGCUUGAAGAUGCUCAAGUCGACAUUGACACCAACCGUGGCAAGGUAGUGGAGCUGGAAAAGAAGCAACGCAAUUUCGACAAGCUGCUUAAUGAAGAGAAGGCCAACUACGAGCGCUGCCUUCAAGAGAAAGAAAUGGCCGAGCGAGAAGCUCGUGAGAAGGAAACGAAGAUUCUUUCUCUCAACCGAUCGGUGGAGGAGAUGCAGGAGCGUCUGGAAGAGGUGGACAUGUCCCGCAAGAGGCUGCAGGUGGAGCUUGACGAUCUGGUCUCCACACGCGGCACCGCUGACAAGAACGUGCACGAGCUCGAGAAGGCUAAACGAUCUCUUGAGUCGCAGCUCGCUGAACAGAAGACUCAGAUAGAGGAGCUGGAGGACGAGCUACAACUCACAGAGGACGCUAAACUGCGCUUGGAAGUCAACAUGCAGGCGAUGAAGGCCCAAUUUGAGCGCGACCUGACGGCGCGGGAGGAGCAAGGCGAGGAGAAGAGGAGAGCUCUCAUCAAGCAACUGCGUGAACUCGAAGCCGAGCUUGAGGAAGAGCGCAAGCAGCGAACUAUGGCUGUUACUGGCAGGAAGAAGCUCGAAGGUGACUUGAAGGACUUGGAAGCUCAGCUCGAGAUGAGCAGCAAAGUGAAGGAGGACGCUCUCAAGCAGAUCAAGCGAGUUAGCGGUCAACUCAAGGAGUACCAGCGAGAGGCUGAUGAAUCACGUGCAUCUCGCGAAGAGCUGUCAGCCCAGUACAAGGAACUUGAGAGGAAAAUUAAGGCUAUGGAAGCUGAGCUCAUUCAGUACCAAGAAGAUCUGGCCAGCGCCGAGAGGGCCAAGAAGAAUGCCGAAGGUGAGCGCGAUGAGAUUCAAGAGGAGCUGAACCAAUACACCAGCAAGAUGACUCUUGGUGCUGAUGAGAAGAAGAGACUGGAAGCCAGGAUCGCUGGACUUGAAGAGGAACUUGAAGACGAGCAGAGCAACGUUGCCGAAAUGGCAGAUCGCAUGCGCAAGAUUCAGCUGAGCAACGAACAACUGCAGACGGACCUGAACGCUGAGAAAUCCGUUGUGGUCAAGCUGGAGGGCCAUCGUGCCAUGCUCGAGCGCCAGAACAAGGAACACAAGUCCAAACUCGCCGAGCUCGAGGGAGAGAUCAGAAGCAAAACUAAAUCCACGAUUGCUGCCCUAGAGUCCAAGAUGGCCAAUCUUGAGGAACAAUUGGAGGUUGAGUCAAGAGAGCGCCUCGCGCAAGCUAAAGGCAACCGCAAACUUGAGAAGAAACUCAAAGAAUUGCUCAUGCAAGUCGAGGACGAGCGACGACACGCCGACCAGUACAAGGAGCAACUGGAUAAGUCGAAUUCCCGCGUCAAGCAACUCAAGCGCCAGAUGGAAGAGACUGAGGAUGAGCUGAGCAAGGAGAAAAUGCAGCGUCGUAAGGCACAGAGAGAAGUUGAAGAUAUGAUGGAGGCUCAAGAAAGCCAAAAUCGCGAGAUCUCCACUCUCAAGACCAAACUAAGAAGGGGUGGUGGAGGGCUGAGCUCGCGCCUUGACUUCCUUGGAGUGAAGCGUGGUAGCGUGGCUACGGCCAGCGAUGACUCCCAGAACGCGGACGACUCCGUCGAUAUCGAGGAGGAGGCCACCAAGUGAUGUGUCUUCACAAAACUCUGCGUUCUAGACGUCAGAUGAUGCACGGCUGCGAUAGAAGUGUCUUAGUUGUCAGAUAUUGCAUGGUUCAUCGGAUAUUAUUUCAGAAACACAACGUAUGGAGACUGGAAAACUGCGGAAAUUAUUAUUAUUUUUAUUAUUAUUAUUAUUAUUAUUUUUUUUUUUUGAAGAUGAACUCGGAUGUUAUUUAGUCAUUGGAUUCUUCUUAGGAGAUGAGUUUUUUAAGUAACUAUUGAAAUCAAAUUAACAUAUAAAGUUGAUGAAGUUUGGAUUUAUAUGUUCCAAAAUAUUUGUUCUACACGGCCUAAGGUUUUAAAGUUAUCCCAUUUGCUUGUUAGUGUUCUAGAUUCUUAGUGAUUGUUCUUCCAUCUGGUGUUACUGGGUGUUGAGGUCUGGAAAAUCUAACCGCAGCCUGGAUUUCACCAUAGAAGAUAUUUUUGUACCGAUUUUACUUGAUGUGCUGUCUCCUCCUUGCCUUCUCAACGUCUGCUCACAGCUGAAUAUCCUUUAUACUUUUAUAGCUGCAUGAAAUGUGAGUUCUUCUCGCCAAGAGGAAUUGACGUUGACACAGUAAAGAUGCCAUAUCGUAGGAACUGAUAAUUGGAGGAGGUCAUCGCGUCAGCUUUUCAUCUUAAAUAUUCACAUUCCAUGGGGUGAGGGAAUAAAAUCUUGUACUUAACCAAUACCCCAUGACCUUUCCUUUUGAUAGUUUCUCCGUUUUUAAUUUCUUCGGGUUGAAUUAACGAGCACAAGUCAAUUUUUACGUUUUGUCAAUAUAUUCUCGACUAUUGUCAUCCUAUUGUACUAUUGUGAAUUCUUCACAGUGCGGUUUGAUGCUCAGAUUUUGUACAAUGACGCAUCCUAAUAUGUAGUCUUCCUCUAUUUUGAGUUCUGAUAGGAAAAUUUGGGUUGAAGUAAAAUGUCUGCCUUGCACACUUUACCAAAUUAUUUCCAUGUAUCGAACGUAUUUUCUUGCAUGUGAUUUGACUAAUGAGCGCCGAUGCUAAUAUAAGUUUACAAUUUUAGUUUCUUGUGUUGUAUCUACACUUUGUAACGUAUAAACGAACACAAAUACAUAUUCCAUUAAUGCGUCCAAUUCUAGUGGGGGAAAUUUAAACUUUCUUGGAUUAAGUAUAACUCCAUUAUCCAUACUUUUAAUGCGUCUGAAACGUUUCCGUAUAUAAGAUAGAUUAAAUAUAGUGCCUAAGUAGCUCUUACGACGAUUGAUUGAGGUGCUUCUAUGUAACUGCUGUUUGCAGAGUGCUUGAAAACUUUGCCCCGAAAAAUUUUGGUAUCUUUUAGUAAUAAAAAUUGUCAUGGGCUGGCUUCAUGGGAUGUAAAUUGGCCUCAAGUAGAUACCGUGAUUAAUGUUGUUAAUAUUUAAAUGAAAAUAUAUUUAUUUACAGUACGGUUUAUAGUGCGGGCUAUGAAAUAAAUUUGAUGAAGUGAAUGAUCUCCAGAGUUUUCGAGACCAAUUUCCUACCGAAUGCAUUUGGAAAUAAAUAUUUCACAUCUUUCAAUAAAUGCCCUGACAAA